AUGAGCCGGCCUGGUCAUAGACACCAGAUCCCCACCGGGCCCCAGGGAGCCAGCUGUGGUGGAAACAUCAAGGUUCCACGAGACAAAACAAAGAUCUGUGCCGCUGGGAAGCUUCUGGACGAGAUGUGCCACCUGACGGCUCAGUCUCUGACGCCCAUGGACACGUCGGAGCACUUCCAGGUCCUGAAGCUGCUCGGCGAGGGCUCGUAUGGAAAGGUCAUGCUGGCCGUGCACAGGAAGAGCGGUUCGCCGAUGGCUCUGAAGUUCUUCCCUCGGGAGUCCACCUCCCUGUUCUCCUUCCUGAGGGAGUACAACCUCUCUCUGUCCUUCUGCUCCCACCCCUCCCUCACCAGAGCUCUGGGAAUCGCCUACUCCACGCCUUCGCACUACGUCUUCGCUCAGCAGGCCAGCCUCUUUGGCGACCUCUAUGACAUCAUCCUGCCUGAGGUGGGUCUGGAGGAGGACAGGUGUCAGCGUGUGGUGUCCCAGGUGUGUGGCGCUCUGUCCCAUCUGCACUCCCUCGGGUUCGUCCACAGGGACCUGAAGCCAGAGAACGUCUUCCUGUGUGACUCCGCCUGCCGCUGGGUCAAACUGGGAGACUUUGGCAUGGUGAAGGCCAGAGGCACCAGGAUCCCCGAGGUGUGGUACAGCUCCCCAUACUGCACCCCCGAGGCCGAGGCUGCCCGUGGAAAUGAGGACAGCUGGAGUAGCAGUGAAGAAGAGGAGAAGAAGAAGACGAGGGUCUGGGUUUCUGUGGAGCCCAGCACCGACAGCUGGGCCCUGGGAGUCCUGACCUACGCCAUGCUCACCGGAGGUCACCCGUGGGCGGAGACAGCCAGCGACUGCCGCUCGUACCUGAAAUAUCAGGAGUGGUUCGACAGAGUGAAAGGUUCCGAAGAUGAACCGGAUCGGCCCGAAGGAGGAGAGAAAGACAGCGUUCCUGUAGCUCCCCAGUUCGCAUGCUUCACUCCGCGGGCCUGCUCCCUCUUCCUGUCGCUCCUCCACCCGCGAGCCGAGCUCCGGGGACAACCUGAGGAGGCGCUGAGUUACCUGGGAGGAGACUGGAUGAGGGAGCAGGAGAGAGAGAGGCUGGAGGAGGAGAGGAAGAAGAGCAGAGGGAAGGCAGACUUCAGGAGCAUGAAGGAGAUGGAGGGCAGAGGGGAGCGAUGA